AUGUCUUCUCGAUUUCCCCCUUCGUCCGGGUUCAACUCCCGCGACCGCUCUCCUCAAAGAUUUGGAGAUCGCCGACAGCAUGGGGGUCCACGAGGUUUCGACGAUGGUAGUCCCCCGUUUGGCCGAGAACCUCCUCGUGGCCCCCGCGCGCUCGUUGAUUCCCCCGGUCGAGGUGGCUCUAUCGUGGGAAGUGAUCGAGACACAAGAGAUGGACCGCCCCCAUUUCGACGUGAUGCGGAUCGCGAGUAUGGCGUUCGCCGCGACCGAGAUUUUGACACCCGCCCAGAUCGCAUCGGAUUCGGCCGAGGUCGGUCGCGGUCACCCACUCGCGAUUUUCGCGACACACGGGAUGUCCCAUCCCGUGAUUUCGAUAUAAUGGACCUCCCUCCAGUGGAGGCCACGUUAACGGACCAGGUCCCAUGCGUGGACGCGGCCGGGGUGACUGGGAAGGAGGCCGCGGGCGAGGACGCGAGCUUUUCCGUCGGCGCAGCCGAUCUCGGGACUCGCGCACGAUUUGAUCGGAGAGAUGAGUGGGAGACUCGUCGUCCUGAUCGCGAGGACCGAGACCGACCUUUGGAGCCUUGGAAGCGGGAUCUUCCACCAAAUCGUGCAGAUCACCGUGGCUCAACAGCCUCAAUAACUGCCUCUUCAGCAAAUGCCAUUCCUUUGCCGGUCCCGACUGCACCUGAACGACUGACUGAACCAGAACUUCCCGAUCUCUUGAGCAGAAAAUCAUCUGUCAUUUCCGGCCCCCCCGCAACUGAGAUUCGCCGUGAAAGUGUUCGCCCAGACCCAGCGCCUGUCCGACUCGAACCAUCUAAAGAUGGAGCAGCAUCUGGUCAGAAAUCACCUCCUCCGUCAGGUCCCCAGGUUCCUGCUUUUGGCUCAGUAUCGACAUCAACACCGCCUGUAGGCCCAGCUAAGGCUGGCUCUUUCGAAGAGCGGGCAUCUAUCGACUCAAAGGCGCAAGUGGACAAAGAUUGCCUUCCAUUUUCACCACCAACCGGUCCCAAAGCCGAGCGAAGCCAAUCGUCGCAUACAGGCGAAACUCGAGCUCAUUCCUUUGAAGUCAAUUCCCGCCAUGAUGAUUCUGUCCGCGUGGCUCGACUCCCCGUACAACUUUCCGACAGGUCUCCUCCCACGGCACCAGCUGCAAUGGCGAAGCGGGAAUCUUUCCCAUUCGGCACCGACCACUCUGCCUCUGGAAGACCAAGUCUUCACACUACCUCCCCAACCUUUACUCGCUUGCCCCCGCCUGCUCCGCGGGCGCUGUCCAGAGAUCCGUCGAUUUCUCCUCGAAUGCAAACUUCGAACAUUCCGACUGGGCCUCGAGCAUAUCAGAAACGGCCAAGCCUGUCACCAAGAGGGGGCGGUGCCAAGGGUAUCAAAGGCUGGGGCCGUUCCCCGUUUGGGCGCAAUCAAUCCGUAGUUGGCCCACAGCCUAAGAAGGAGCAAGAUGAAUCCGACGGCAAAGCUCCCGUUAGUGGAUUUUCUCAAAAGGAUACCCUGAAUCAUGCCCAGAAUCAUGCCCAACCUACAUCUCAGGACCUUGCCCCUGCAACAGACACAACAUCGGAGCCACUCGAGUCUACUCCCCCGCGCACUGGUUCAGUAGAUUUGCCACUAAGGGUAAGUCCCCAGGCCGUGACAAAGCCUGAGCCUAUGCCGCAGGAGGAAAAACAGCCAGGGAGAUCUUCUGUAGAAAAUGAAGGUCAAGGCCCCGUCGACGUGCCCCGGAAAGAACCUCACGAAGAGCAUGCUGAGGUAACUCCACAAUCCGAGAUCAUGGAGAAAGUAACUGCAAUGCCAGUCGACGAAGAGGAAGAGGAAGAGGAAGAAAAGGUCGUUUUCACAAAGGAGUAUCUGGAGGAGCGAAAACAGAAGUUUGAAAAAGACAUGCAAUCUCUCCGCGCUGAGAUGCCCCUCUCUCCCUUGGAAGACCCUGCAAUCAUCAACCUUCUUCUCAAGAUCCAGCUGCUGGGAAAGGUUGCCCACGAUCAUGAAGCUCAAGAGGCCGUCAAAUCUUUGCCAUCUGCAGAAGGGAAAGAGGCUUCAUCAACGGAAAUACCUGAGGUCGAAGUACCCACAACUGUACCGACAAGCGUUGGCGAUGGGCUCGAUUCGGCGCCCAUCACUGUUGCCCAUCAGAUAUCGAGCCAUGAGGAAGACAUGAUCGUCGAUAGCCUCCCAUUCCUGCAUUCAGGCCCGCCUACCCCGAUUUCAGACAUAGACUCGUCUCUUGCAAGCAAUAUGCCCCAACAGCACCUGAACGAUUUCGUUCGAAAAGCGCUCAUACGCCGGCAAAAGGAGGUCGCGCAGAAAAACGCUGCGCUGCGUGAGGAAUACAUCUCACAUUACAAACGUUGGCGUUUAGAGGUGUGGGAAAUGGAUCGCCUCAAAGAGAAGAAGCCCAUGACCCCUGGCCCGGUCUCACCUCCAGCGCCGCCCGUUCCCACGCCGCCAACGGCGGUCUCUGAAAAUCGCGAAGGUCGGCGUUACAAAGGCAACAGUGAACUUGACUUUCUGAAUGCAUUGAAGGCCUCGGAAAUUUCAGCCCAGGAGGAGCUGGAGCGUCGACGAACAAGGAUGGCAACCGCGCAGCCUGAUUUGGCCCGUGAAGCAAUCAUUCCGGACAUGCUGGAACCGCGGCAAGCCAAGGCUGGGAUUUUCAAAGACGUCAACAAUACCGUCGAUUCGAAUGACGCAAUGAAAGUUUUUGGAUUCCUGCCACCACCCAACGACUUUACCCCGGAGGAGCAUCAGUUAUUCACCGAUGCUUUCAUGGCAUAUCCGAAGAAGUGGGGCAAAAUUGCAGAGUCUCUGCCGGGUCGGGAUUUUAGACAAUGCAUCAUUCACUAUUAUUUGACCAAGGAAGAAAUCAAGUACAAGGCGAAAUUGAACAAACGGUGGAGUCGUCGUGGUCGUGGCAAAGCUCGCUCUACUCGGCCUAAAUCCAACGCGUUGAUUGCUGAUUUGGGAGUUGUCAAGCCUGAUUUUGAUGGUGAUGAAGAGCAACCUCCACCCGUGACCGAUACUGGUCGUCCUCGCCGCGCAGCCGCUCCCACAUUUGGCGACUCCAAUGACUCCGAGGGCGCUAUUGCCAACAGCCGGCGGGGUCAAUAUGUGAAGGAUGCUGAAUCAACGGAGAAGCCUGCUGCGAGGCGAGGCGGGCGAGCGGCUGGUGCACGAAGUCAGAGACGUGGUGCGAAGGUUGUCCCGCAGGAACCCAAGAGCCAGCCAUCGACGCCUCAAGGUAGCAGCACUCCAGCUCCCCCAGUUCUCCCGGCUCAUCCAGCUCCCCCAGUUCCCCCGGCUCCCAAGAUAGAAUCGGGAAUGGACGUGCUGGUAGAGGCUGCUCUGCCGCCGGAGAAGGAGCUUGUUGAAAAGGAAAAAGAACCUCCAGCACCCGCCCCGCGCCCUAAAGCUAGCCGUGGACGGGCAAAGGACGGCAUCUAUGUUUUUGAAUCGACAGAAACGGACCCGUCAGUGUCGACACCAAAGACGUCAGAAACCGGAUAUGGAUCUUUGCAGCCUACCAGCUAUUGGUCUGUCCCUGAGCAGCGCGACUUUCCUCGCUUGCUGGCUCAUUUCGGACGUGACUUUGAGGGCAUCUCUACAUUCAUGAAAACGAAAACGACCGUAAUGGUAAGUUUCCAUGGACAGUUGCUCCGGCGCCCGCUUUCUAUAUUUACUAAUUUCUGGGUUGUGAAGGUGAAAAACUACUAUCAGCGACGCCUCGACUCCGGACAGAAAGAUUUCGAAGAUAUCGUACUGAUAGCAGAAGAAAAGAAAGCGCGCGGUGAGCCGACCGGACCUUUGCCGGUGCCCAGUGUGGCUCCAAAACGUCGUUAUGAAGCUACUCCAUCGGCCAUCAUCCCCCGCCCGCUAGCACCGCAUGGUGAAUCAGCUCAAGACACCGAAGAUGGACGGUUUCCACCCAAGGGUAAGCCGGCUGCAAUUUCACCUCAAACAGUCCAAGUGCACAACCGGCCGCCAACUGAGGGUGACCGAGGCUCGGGUCAUUAUGCUCCCCUCGUGCAGGCGUCUGCACCUGGGCCCAACCCGUCAAUUGUCUCCUCCUAUGGCGAUGAUGUAGCCCGAGGCGCUCGUGUGCAAUCCCAACCGUCCCGGACAUCAGGUCCUCGCAUGGGAUUCUUUACUGAAGAUCGUCGCGACUCUCAAGUUCUCCAACCGAGCAGUCAGCGUGCCACAGACAUGCCGAUGCCCGCACGGCAUGUUGUGGGCGGUGCUGUGCCUCAAGAACUGGUGGGAAUGGAUCCCAUGGCUCCGCAGACCUACAUGCCUGGUCAACCACCUUCGUCGCUCAUGCAGCCAUCGCAUUCACGACACAGUAGUACUACGCAAACGCCCAGCUCGCCAACUCCGCACCCAAGGACAGAGCUUGACCACCCCGCCUACCAUCGUGAUCCAUUUGCGUCAAGGAAUUACUACUCUUUACCAGGCCAGCCAACGGGUCUUGUACACUCCCCGCGUCCUGGGCUGUCACCAGUAAAGGAUGGCUCUCGCUCCGGUGCAACGCCGAUUUCGGAGCCACCUCCGCGCCAGGUGCCCGCGAAGCGCUCGAAUAUCAUGAGCAUCCUCAAUGACGAGCCAGAAGAACCGCAGCCUCGGAAAAGAUUUGCCAGUGAGCUUCCGUCGGGCCAUGGCCCUGGUUCUGUCCCUGCAUCACGACCAAUUUACCAUGCUAGUGAAACAGCUCGUCUUGAUGAGGCACCCUUGUCCACGUCUGGACCGAAAUCUUCCACCUAUUCUCAAACAGGCUCUUAUCAGACAUCUUCUCGUGGAUACCCCGAUUACAACAUGAACAACUACGGACCGCCCCCCAAAGGCUCUGGAAAUGCUGUGAACAGUGACUGGAUGGCUCGUUUUGACCCAAGAGCUCCACAGGGGGGCCGCUAA